AUGGGAGUUUGUAAUUCGAAAUCAAAGAGCUCAACCAAUAUCUAAUAAUAAGCAUUUGCCUAAGUCCUUAAUAAAGGAUCUGAGAAGAACGAUAUUGAAGCAUUAAUUAGAGAAAAAACACAAUCUCAAGAUUUAUAUAAUCCAUACCGAAACCCAAUUUUGAAUCGAAGGCUUAGAUAGACUUUAGCUUGA